UGACGUUUGCGUUUGAGUCGAUAACAAAUGUUGCUGAUACACCCUUUCGAUUGUUUUUACAGUACUUGACCCAGAACUCAUUUUCAGGAAAAAGAGCUUCCUUCAAAAUGGUAAAAUAAUCAAAUGAGGAAUUUGAACAUUUUAUCUUUGGAUGGAAAUCUGAGAAUGAAGAGUGAUUAAUCCAAGCCAUGUGGUAAAAUUAGGAAUUUGAAGAGAAUGGAAACAUUUAUAUUUUUGUGGACAUGUAUUUUUCUACCCCUGGUAAGAGGGCACAGUCUUUUCACCUGUGAACCAAUUACUGUUCCCAGAUGUAUGAAAAUGGCCUACAACAUGACGUUUUUCCCUAAUUUGAUGGGUCAUUAUGAUCAGAAUAUUGCUGCUGUGGAAAUGGAGCUUUUUCUUCCUCUUGCAAAUCUGGAAUGUUCACCAAAUGUUGAAACUUUCCUUUGCAAAGCUUUUGUACCAACCUGCACUGAGCAAAUUCAUGUGGUUCCACCCUGUCGGAAAUUUUGUGAGAAAGUGUAUUCUGAUUGCAAGAAAUUAAUGGACACUUUUGAUAUCCGAUGGCCUGAGGAACUUGAAUGUGAUAGAUUACAGUACUGUGAUGAGUCUGUUCCUGCAACUUUUAACCCACACACAGAACUUCUUGGUCCUCACAAGAAAUCAGAACAAAUCCGAAGAGACAUUGGAUUUUGGUGUCCAAGGCAUCUUAAGACUUCUGGGGGACAAGGCUAUAAGUUUCUGGGAAUUGACCAAUGUGCACCUCCAUGCCCCAACAUGUAUUUUAAAAGUGAUGAGCUAGAGUUUGCAAAAAGUUUUAUUGGAAUAGUUUCAAUAUUUUGUCUCUGUGCAACCCUUUUCACAUUCCUUACUUUUUUAAUUGAUGUCAGAAGAUUCAGAUACCCAGAGCGACCUAUUAUAUAUUACUCUGUCUGUUACAGCAUUGUAUCUCUCAUGUACUUUAUCGGAUUCUUGCUAGGCAAUAGCACGGCGUGCAAUAAGGCAGAUGAGAAACUGGAACUUGGCGACACAGUUGUUCUAGGCUCUCAAAAUAAGGCUUGCACCAUUUUGUUCAUGUUUUUGUAUUUUUUCACCAUGGCUGGCACUGUGUGGUGGGUGAUGCUUACCAUUACUUGGUUCUUAGCUGCUGGCAGAAAAUGGAGUUGUGAGGCCAUUGAACAAAAAGGAGUGUGGUUUCAUGCUGUUGCGUGGGGAAUACCAGGUUUUCUCACCAUUAUGCUUCUUGCCAUGAACAAAGUUGAAGGAGACAACAUUAGUGGGGUCUGCUUCGUGGGCCUUUACGACCUGGAUGCUUCUCGCUACUUCGUCCUCUUGCCACUGUGCCUUUGCGUGUUUGUCGGGCUGUCUCUUCUCUUAGCUGGCAUUAUUUCCUUAAAUCACGUUCGACAGGUUAUACAGCAUGAUGGCCGGAACCAAGAGAAACUGAAGAAGUUUAUGAUUCGAAUUGGAGUCUUCAGUGGCCUGUAUCUUGUGCCAUUAGUAACUCUUCUGGGGUGCUACGUCUACGAGCAAGUAAACAGGAUUACCUGGGAGAUAACUUGGGUCUCUGACCACUGUCGUCAGUACCAUAUCCCAUGUCCUUAUCAGGUAAAUACAGAAACUCGACCAGAACUGGCCUUAUUUAUGAUAAAAUAUCUGAUGACAUUAAUUGUUGGCAUCUCUGCUGUCUUCUGGGUUGGAAGCAAAAAGACAUGCACAGAAUGGGCUGGAUUUUUUAAACGAAAUCGCAAGAAAGAUCCAAUCAGUGAAAGUCGAAGAGUGUUACAGGAGUCAUGUGAGUUUUUCUUAAAGCACAAUUCUAAAGUUAAACACAAAAAGAAGCACUACAAGCCAAGUUCACAUAAACUGAAGGUCAUUUCCAAGUCCAUGGGGACCAGCAGAGGAGUGACGGCCAAUCAUGGUACUUCUGCAGUAGCAAUCACUAGCCACGAUUACUUAGGACAAGAAGCUCUGACCGAAGUACAGACUUCACCAGAAACAUCAGUGAGAGAGGUGGGAGCGGAUGGAGCGAGCACCCCCAAGUUAAGAGACCGGGACUGUGAGGGGCCUGCCUCCCCAGCAGCACCCAGCUCCAGACUCUGCGGGGAACAGACGGACAGGAGAGGCCAAGGCCGGGCAGGCAAUGUGAAUGACCAGAGCAGUGUGUCUGAAAGUGCGCGGAGUGAAGGAAGGGUGACCCCGAAGAGUGAUGUCCCCGAAGCUGGCCCAGUACAGAGCAACAGUAUGCAGGUGUCCAGUUCUCCAGAGCCAAGCAGCCUCAAAGGCUCAACAUCACUGCUUGUUCACUCGGCUUCAGGAGUUGGAAAAGAGCAGGGCGCCGGCGAUCAUUCAGAUACUUGAAAACCAGGUCAUCGUGUUACUGAGAAGUGGAUUCCUGCUACACUGGAGUUUCUUCUCAAAGUAUGAUUCUUGUUCAGUCACUGAGUCACAUCCCACUCUUUGCGACCCCAUGGACUGCAGCAUGCCAGGCUGUCUUCCACCAUCUCCUGGAGUUUGCUCAAGUUCAUGUCUAUUGAGUUGGUAAUGUAUAGUAUAAUUAUAGAACUGUUUUUGUCAUAACUUUUUAAAGCCAAGUGUAGACCUGGGAUAUGGGAUAAAGCAAAGGGAACCCAGGACCCUGUUUUCACUUCUGACAAUGAGAAAUAAAAUAAGAUCAUCCUGAUAACAUUAGAAAAAUCUAAUAAGAUCAUGUGAAAUUGCCAGGUUAAGAUUUUGGGAGAAGAGAAAUUCACACUGCCAAGCCCAACAUUUGGAGCUUCUUUUGCAUAGGAAGCAUUUGACAAUUCAGAAAAGCUGGCUGAGACAUUGAACGGUGCUGUUAUCAGUCUCAAACUCUAGAAGACGAGGACAAGGAGAAGGGAGUCAGAAUUGUGGCCUCAAAGGGAUGCAUCCUAGGAGGAGGAUGAACUAUAAGGAAAGCAACUCUGCUUUGUUAUCUGGGUGGACUAGAAAAGUCUCUAACCCUGGAAUUAGAAUAAGGUGGAUAACUGUGACCAUCAGGCACCAGGCAGAAGCAAAUGAAAAUUUUCUUUGGAGGAAGAAAAUGUCAUUUUACCUACUCUGUGGAUACUUUUUCAAAUACAAUGUCCAUCAUAUACUCAGACAUACUCAGAUAUGCAAAAACAAUACUGAACAAGAAUUGGUACAAACAUCAGACAAGAGAAAAAUAUUGAGAGAUACUCCUAAAUUGCCAGGCAUAGGUUCAUUAAACUAGUAUAAUUUAAAAAGAAAAGAAAAAAAGACAAAACAAUAGUGAGAUACCACUGCACACUUACUAGAAUGGUUAAAAUCCAAGAAAUUGACCACAUCAAUUCCUGCUGAGGAUGCUCUCAUUUGUUGCUGAUGGGAUGCAAAAUGGUGUAGGCACUUUAAAAACAUUUGGGCAGUUUCUCACACAGCUGAAUGUUGUCUUACCAUAUGAUCCAGCAGUCACACUCCUAGGAGUUUAACUGAUUUAUAAAGAUACACUACCCUUGACAUGCAGUAUAAAACCCUCCACUCCUUCAGUCUCAUCAGCACAGAGUGACUUCCUCCGAAAGAAUACAAUAUGGGUACAGGGUGGGGGAAGAAUUAACUGUUAGAGUGGAUAAACUUGACACUCAAUACCUCCACCAGGUGAAAGUCAGUAUCAGCAGUGAUAAGUCACACUGAGAGCAUGUACCCUUCAUAUGAUGUGCUGAAAACGGCUCUUGACCUCUGUGAUCUUCCUCCCCCAAAUUUCUAACUUCCCUCUAGUCAUGACUUCUCCAGUCACACAAAUCUAGGCAGAUGGAGUUUUUACAAAAUACCCGACCAGUAGUACUCCUCAAACCUAUCAAGGUCAUCAAAAACAGUCUGAAAAACAGUCACGGCCAAGAAGAGCUAAGGAGACAUGAUGUAAUAUAGUAUCCUAGAAAAGAAAAGCUACAUUAGAUAAAAACUAACAAAAUCCAAAUAAAGCAUGGGCUUAUUCACUUAUAAGCUUAUUCGUUCAUGCUUAUUCAGCAUCAUUCAAUUCAGUGGAAUAUUCAUUAAUUAUAUAUGCAAUAAGUUCCUCCCCUCUGCUGGCUCUAGGUCAAUGGCAUUCCUUUUCAUCAGUUGUUGGACAUUGUAGAUGGAUACUCCAGUUUUCUUGUUUUUCCUCCCCUUUUGUUCAUGUCUGAGUUUUUGUUCUCUAAGAAAACAUUUCAAGCUUAUCUUCUAAAUUCCUGUUGAAUUUUUAUUUUGGCUAUCAUUUUUUAAUUUCACAGAGCAUUUUGUAGUAACUUCCUGUUUUCAUGACUCUUUUUGAAAUUAUGUAUGCCAUUUUUGAAAUUAUGUAUGCCAUUUUUGAAAUUAUGUAUGCAAUCUUCCUAUGUUGGAAGAUACAUAAUUUACUUUUUAAAGGUCAUAGAAAAUAUAUUAAUGUUGAAUUUUUAUUUUGUAACAUGACUUAUUAAAGUCCUUUAGGCCCUAA